AUGGCCUCCAACCAACCCGGUCGUUGCUGCGCCUUGGGCCACCUGCAUGAAGGCACGCCUUCAGGCGAGGACAUCAAGAUUGGCAAGAUCGAUGCCUACCUCGCCAAGCCCACCACCACCAACCACAACAACAAGACCCUCGUGGUCUACCUCCCCGACAUCAUCGGCAUCUGGCAAAACUCCAAACUCAUGGCCGACGCCUUUGCCGCCGAGGGCUUCCCCUGCGUCGUCGUCGACCUCUUCAACGGCGACCCAGCCCCCCUCAACCCGCCCGAGGGCUUCGACCUCAUGGGCUGGCUGCAAAAGGGCAGCGACGGCAACAACCCGCACGGCGUCGAGCAGGUGGACGCCAUCACCGUCGAGGUCCUCGGGUGGGCCAAGCAGCAGGGCUACGCCAAGAUCGGCGCCGCCGGCUACUGCUUUGGUGCAAAGUAUUGCGUCCGCCACUACAAGGACGGCAUCGGCGCCACCUUUCUCGCCCAUCCGUCCUUUGUCGACGAGGAGGAGCUCGAGGCCAUCACGGGACCUCUGGCCAUCGCCGCCGCCCAGACCGACCACAUUUUCCCGGCUGAGAAACGCCACAGGAGCGAGGAGGUGCUGGCCAAGACGAGCGUGGACUGGCAGAUCUACCUGCACUCCGGUGUCGAGCACGGCUUUGCUGUCCGGGGCGACAUGACCAAGCCCCACGCCAAGCGCGCCAAGGAGCAGGCCUUUAAGCAGGCUGUCGAGUGGUUUGAGUCGCAGCUGUCGCUGGCAUAG